AUGACAAUCCCUCCCGGUUUAUCUGUUUCAAAUUCUAAAAUGACCAACAAGGUUUGUCGAUUGCAUAAGUCUUUAUAUGGAAUCAAACAAGUUAGCAGGCAAUGGAAUCAUAAACUCACACACACACACACACUUUUAUAUCUUGGAUACAAACAAUCCUAUGGUGUUCACCCUCUCUUCACCAAGUCCACUAACACUUCUUUUAUAGCCUUAUUAGUAUAUGUUGAUGAUCUUGUGUUAGCAGGAAAUGAUAUGUCUGAAAUUUCUUCUGUCAAGUUUGUUUUGGAUGACAGGUUUCGUAUCAAAGAUCUUAGUGCUCUAAGAUUUUUCCUUGGCCUUGAAAUUUCCAGAUCCAGUCAUGGUAUUUCCCUGAAUCAGAGGAAAUACAUCCUGGAUCUCCUUGUAGAUAGUGGUCUUUUGGCAGCUAAACCUGUUUCUAUGCCUUGUGACCCCGCUUUCAAGUUCACCAAUACUAGAAGCGCCAGUUUCUCUGAUGUAACUGCUUGCAGGAGACUAAUAGGAAGGCUGAUUUAUUUGUCUACCACUAGACCAGACAUAGCUUAUUAUGUGCAACAGCUUAGUCAGUACUUAUUUAAGCCUCUUCAAUCUCAUUUUCAAGCUGCCAUUCACAUCCUUCGAUAUCUCAAAUCAGCUCCUUCUCAGAGACUAUUUUUUCCAGCUGCCAAUUCCUUGCAAUUAACUGGCUUUGCAGAUUCUGAUUGGGCUUGUUGCAUUGACACAAGGAAAUCUAUCACAAGGUAUUGUGUUUUCCUAGGUUCUGCCAUCAUUUCAUGGAAAUCUAAGAAGCAGGAAACUGUGUCUGCUUCCUCGUAUGAGGCUGAAUACAGGGCUUUGGCCAAACUUACUAGGGAAAUACAAUGGCUUAACUAUAUUUUGGCAGAUUUACAAGUUCAUGCUACUGCUCCUUCUGUUCUAUACUGCGACAACAAAUCAGCUAUCCACCUCGCACAUAAUUCCACAUCCAUGAACGCACCAAACACAUCAAAAUUAACUGCCAUAUUAUCCGCGAAAAGAUUCAACAGGGUGUCAUAA